GGCGCCACCGGGGGUUGGGGGGGUGAAAAGCAGCCUCCGCGCCGCGGGAGCCAGCGGGGAAGGCGGGUUAUUGAAUGGGUCUUCAGAAGCUGACGUGCUAAAACUGACAGAAAAUGGCAUAUCGAAGAGAUGAAAUGUGGUCUGAAGGGCGCUAUGACUAUGAAAGAGUUCCAAGAGAACGUCUCCCUCCAAGGGUUCAUCCUGAUGAUGAUUACCAUAGAGUUGUAAAUGUUGUGCCCAAGAAACCACCGCUGCUUGAAAGACCAGGGGAUGGGAAUUACAGUCGGUAUGAUGGUUACAGUCACCCUGAGUACAGAGACUAUGAAGAGGGUCGCAGUUUUGCCCACGACCGAAGAAGUGGCCCUCCCCACCGGGGUGUGCGUAAGGAUGAAUCAGGAUACAGAUGGCCAAGGGAUGAUCAUCCUAUGAGUCGGCAGCAUGACUACAGGGACAUCAGAGAUGGCUUCAGAAGAAAAAGCUUCUAUCCUUCUCAUUACAUGAGAGAGAGAUCUCCUCAUAAGAGGGACUCUCCUUUCUUCAAGGAAUCACCAGGGAGCCGAAGGGAUUCUCCACACAGCAGAUCUGGCUCGAGUGUCAGCAGCAGGAGCUACUCUCCUGAAAGAAGCAAAGGCUAUCCUUUCCAUCAGUCCCAGCAUAGCAGAAGUAUGUCAUCUUUACAUAAAAGAAAUAUUUCUUCUCAGCAAGGUAAAGAGAGGACAUCAGUUCAGUCACUGAAAACAUCAAGAGAUGCAUCACCUUCAGGCUCCGUAGUUGUACCGUCCUCAAAGACCCUGGAAAAGAGCAACAGACUAUCAGAAAAGGAACUUGCAGAAGCUGCAAUCAAGUGGGCAGCUGAAAAGGCAGAAAAGGCUGAUGAAAGCAAUUUACCUGAAAUAACAGAGUAUGAGACUGGAUCUUCAGCUCCAUUGUACAUUGAACAAACAGAGGAAACAGAAACAAACGUAGCAGAUGGUAUGGAGCUAUAUGAUGAUGGCCAGGUUCUUGACCGCUCAAAAGCAAUUGCAACUAAGACAAAGGAGAUAGAACAGGUCUACAGGCAAGACUGUGAAACCUUUGGCAUGGUGGUGAAGAUGCUAAUUGAUAAAGACCCAUCGUUAGAGAAUUCCAUUCAGUUUGCCCUGAGGCAGAAUUUGCAUGAAAUAGGUGAGCGAUGCAUUGAAGAACUCAAACAUUUCAUUGCUCAGUAUGAUGCUGCCAAUCAAGAUCUAUCAGAAUCCUUUAAAGAGGGCUCAUACUAAGGACAAAACUGUGCUUUUAGAUCCUUUGCAUUGUGUACGCCAUAACUCAUAAAUCUGCUUUUUGUGGGGACAGAAGAGAUCUUGCUGGAGAUUUGAGCCCAAGGCCUGCACUCCUUCAUAGUAGCUCAGGUGGCUAAAUCUUGUUCACUCUGGACUCCACAACUGCAUUCUGCUACCGGUUACUUGUUGACUUAUAUUUCCUUGACAGGAUCUUCUUUUCCAGAAUGUUGUAAAAUUACUAUUUUUCAAACCUUUACACAGUUACCUAGGAAAAAAUGUUCACUCUAAUGUAUGUACACUUAUGUUUUGAUGUAUGUAAGUGUAACUUCAAACACUAUUUUUUAUUAAAAUAACAAGAAGUGGCUCUUUGUUCCUCAAAUUAUGCAGAAAUGUCUUGUUUUUCUGUAUGAUAUAGGAAGGGAAGAUUUGCAGAAUUGUUCACAGCUAUGAUUUAAAUUAUUAUAGUUUAAUUUUAAACCUCAAAUUCAUUCUGUAAAAUUACAUUACAGGUUUUCUCUAGUCUGUGACUGCCAGGGCAAUUCUAACUACUCGAUAUAAGAAGUGCUGGUUUUUUGUUCUAAUUGCAGGUUCUGCCUUUUAAAUUCUGAUGUUUUCCAUGUCAUGAGUGGUAUUACACUAGUAAUAUUACACUAGUAAGCAGUAUUAUGUAGGAUGAAAUCCAUUUUUUAUUACUAUUUGUUACUUAAUGUUUCUUUCCUUAUGUUUUUGACUCCACCUUUCAGAGUAUUACUGCAGGCAGCCUCUGAGAAGGGAGAGGUCCCCUCUACUCCCUUCUUCUCCCCCCCCCCCCCUUAUGCCACCUCACUGUUUUUCUUCUAUCAGUUUUAACAAUUAGGGUGUGUGUCAUCUUUGUUUCUGACAUCAAGAAGAAGUGGGAAUUUGAGGUGACAAGGUGGAGCAAUGAAAGCAAGCUGGACCAUCUCCUCAGUAAUUCCAAAUUACUUUGGAUUAUGUGUACCAUGAAGCUGAACCCUAAGACCCCAAAUUCAUCAUUAUUUCAAACCUAGAUAAUAUCUGUGUAAUAUCUGGAGCCACUUUUAACUUCAUAGAGUGACUUGCUGGUGGACAGGGAUUGAAGAGAGUCAAGAGGCUGCCAGUUCUACAUGAUUACUUUUCAGAGAUGAAAAAUAUUUAGGACUCGUUGGCAGUUUCCUGACUGCUGGAUUGUGUAUAACUUUACAUUUAAUGAGGUACUGGGUUUUAUGAAUGUUUCACAAAAGGGAUAAUUUGAGUUCAUGGUCACAAAGAGGUAAGUAUAAGCAUGAUUGUUUUGUAUACAUUUGCAUUUCGAAAUGUGAAAGUCUGUAAAAGGACUAAUGACUAGAACUCACCAUUUCUGAAGUCCACAGUCUUAAAUGAAAAGAUUCAGUUAAUUCAGCCCCCUUAUCAAGAUGGCUUCUCAGAUUUCAUGAGAACAGUGUGCAGAAAAGUAAAUGAAAUAGCCAUGAUUUUGCAUGUACAAGGUACUGUAUGUGUCACAGCAUCUUACACAUGCAAAUCUUGAUAGGGUGUAUUGAAUAUGUUGCAUCAGAUUCCUGAGAUGCCUGAUUAUUUUUAAUGUCAGUAGGGUGUGGUUUUGCAGUUGUCUUUUGAUGGUUUCUAAGAGUUCACAUUACUUCAAGGAGAUGACCUGCAGCUUACCUUGUUGACACCUGGGGUUGUGUGGGCUGCACAGUGAGUGGGAAUGGGCUCAUGGAUCCUGUGGGAUGCUAAUAUGGGGAGAGAGAGAGGGGAAGAGAGGCAACUUAUUGUGGCACAGUAGCUAGACCUGAGCAGCCCCUCUGGCAACAACCUGGUUUACAGAGAUAGGCUACAAAACCACUGGCAAAAGUCUUCACUCAGGCUGAAGAAUUAACUACAGCACUUCACUUGCUUACAGGACUGAGAGCCUUCAGGAUGUUACAUCAGUGUUUCUGCUUUGGGUUAGAAAUGCUAAUGAAAAAAUACUGGUAUCAUGCUUAA